AUGGAAGGCGACAAUGAUAGGAAGCCCAUAGAUCCACCAACCAACCAAGACAUUGUAGAAGCAGUCGUCCUUCUUCAGAAGUUGAAGCAGUUUUACCUCCCACCCCUGAUCCGUCUCGAGCAACGGCUUGACUCUGAUUCCGUCGGGCAGAGGCUCCAACAUAUGGAGCAGACAUUGGAACCUCAACCAAGUGAGCGUCGACAGCGGUUCGGCCACCCAGAGCAGUCACCGAUUGAAAACCCGCACUGGGAACCAUCCUUUCAAUAUAUUCCGAACGUCGAUGUACAACAUCUAAUCCUGCUCAAUUGGCAUCUGGUCGAGCCACUUGUUCAAGUGAUCCAUCCAGCAUUUCGUACAGAGUCGACUAGUACUAUGGAUAGUUCAUGGCGACUUGGAAUCAUGUUGCUCAGCGCUCGUUAUGUUACAAGGCAGUUCAAUGACUCGGGCAACGUCCCCAGGUCCGUGCUACUAGCUAACGAGCGUACCAGAACAUCUGUAGAGCAAUAUGAAGUUUCGCUCGACAUCUUGUCUUGCAUCCAUGCCCGCAUCGAAGUUCCCACACAACAUUCUGAAGUAGCUCAUAUGUAUUCCCGCAGCAGGAUAUGCGGGUACUCGGACCCUUGCGGAGUGAUCCAAAACAGGGAUGAAGGCUUGUUUUUCAGAGCAAUCUCAAGCUUCUUUGCGCUCACGGGCAAGGGCAUCCUGACGUUUGAAAAUGAAGGUGUAAAUUUUCUCGUGCGGUGUGAUGGAAUGUACAAUGAAAUAAUUUCAUCACCAACCAUUCAGGAGAAAACCCUUGACGUGUUUGACGGUAGUUGGUCGAAGAAAAGUUGGACCUCAUCAAACCCAUUCUUGAGGCGCCAGAAAGCCUUCGAUGCUGUGGUGAUCGACUUGAGGGCGCCGAUGAGUGGAUACACUGACAAGAUUUCGCUUGUAAAUCUCGUCGCAGGAAGUCGACAAAAUGCACCUUGCGAUCGUCCGAGGGAGAAACUCCAAGGAUAUUCAUCUCUACUAGGCGAUAUUCAUCCGGCUGCAUGA